CGAAGGGCUGGUGCCCGCGAUUGCCUGACCUUACGAGCAUUAAAACCCAAAGAUUUUUCCUCUCUCACGUCUUGUACGACAAGCAGUUUUCAAAUUUUUUCAUUCUUCGUACAUCCAUCGACAAAUCAUUUUUUCUUUCCGUUACUUCAUUCGACCAUUCGUUGUCACAUUUUUAUUACUGAACUCCUUUAUCCUCCGGGUAAUUCGCGCUCGUUUGAAAUUCUGUGAUUUUGUCACGGCAUAUGCAAACCUCGUUGAUGCGAGGGGGCUGCACGCUUUCGCGCCUAGUCGCUAAGUGGUUACGGACGUGCUCGCUCAGACACGGGGCUCUCCUAAUUGAUAGAUUAAUACUAAUAUAAACAGUCGUCGCUUCGAGUGAAGUUUAUCAAGAUCCGUUAUUGGGAACAGUACGUUUGUCGUAUCUUCGAGAACAAGUUCAAAGGAUGUUCCGUUGCAAAUAUCUGUGACACGUUCUCCAAGUAAUCAGGAUUUUAAACGGUUGGUGCACUGCUUCGAACGUUGUGGAAUAAAUUAUUGAGUUUUAUUGCCUUACGGACAACUCUCCGUGGACCAGUGACAGUUGUUGGCGAAAGAUUUAUUUCCACGUGUGUUUCCACCAGGAUCGAGGUGACUUCGGUUUUUCACGAUUGUUUUUCUUUGCUCGUUUGAAUCGUGGUUGAAAUAAAAGUGCGCUCCGUCUCUUCGGAUCGUGUGAUAUAAAGUGAAAGGUUUCUUUUCCACAACAGUUUUUUUUUUUUUUUUUUUUUUUCAUUGUAUAGUGUGUCAGGCGUUUGGUGGUCAUUUUCCUGUCCUCGUUUCCGUUUCUUCAUUUAGUCUUUUGUUCGGUCCUCUGCUCCACGACCUCAAGUCGUGAUUUAGAUCGCGUGUUUGGUUACGUUCAGCCACCUUAUUUUUUCAUUUUUCGCUUUCUCGUACCCUCCGUUGAUUUUUCCUCUUUUGGGGGAAAAAAAAACGAAAAUCGUGCGUGUUCUCCGUUGCAACCACACUACUUAUGUCACGCUGGAUACGUCGCCGUCCCUAAUUAAUGACCGGAAAAGAUAUAAAAGAAAAAAAUAAAUAAAAAGAAAGUGGCCGGACCCGAGAGUGGAAAGUGCUGCUGGUGGGUGGAUCAUGUGUCGACGUUCGAGAGCCUUGGGCCUCGAGGUUUGACGUCAUGUACAUGCAGAAGAAACCGGAAACGUGAAAGAUAAAAACCGAGAUACGAUACUCCCAGUGAUUCUCUGUACCAGCCAACCGUACUCCCGGAAAAAAAUAAAAACAAAACCAAAUAAACACAGUCGAGUUCGUUCUAAGCUGCGGACAUCGGUAGCUCUACGAGCUGCCGUUUUACAUCGCGCGCCCUGAAAGAGGGCAACGAACAUCACUAGAAUGCGGGACCGACUCUCCUGGUACAUGGUCUUUCUGAUCCUACCGACGAUUCUCCUCGCCAGGUCUCUCGACAAAGAUCGUCGGGUCUCGUACAGCAUACCAUCAGAUUGGCGAGCAUUGUGGUACAGUAAUCUCGAUGAACUACAAAGGGUCAACGAGGCGAAUGACAAUAAUACGGUUUCGAACGUUACGGUGCAAUUGGGAGGUACGGCUUUUCUUCACUGCAAAGUUCGCAAUUUGGCGGAAAGAACCAUCUCCGACGCUGAGAUAUCCUGGAUACGUCGACGCGAUUGGCACGUACUGACGAGCUCGUUGUUAACGUACACGAACGACGGCAGAUUUCAAGCUCUCCAUCCGGAAGGCUCCGACGACUGGACACUCCAGAUCAAGUAUGUUCAAGAGAGAGACAACGGCACCUACGAAUGUCAGGUCUCGAGAAGUACGGGGAUACUCUCCCACUUCGUGAAUCUUAACGUCGUCGUACCCGAAGCAUUUAUAUUGGGAAGCGAGGAGCAUCACGUGGACGUGGGAUCAAUAAUUAAUCUCGUCUGCAUAAUAGAGAAGAGUCCAACGCCGCCACAAUACGUAUUCUGGUACCACAAUAACCGGAUGAUAAAUUACGAUACACGCGGUAGCGUUAGCAUACAAACCGAUCCAGGACCAGCACAGAGUCGGCUAAUCAUUCACCAGGCGGUCGAAUCUGACACGGGCAAUUAUACGUGCAGUGCAUCAAACACAAAACCCGCAUCGAUCUACGUAUUCGUCACAGAAGGUGAUAAAAUGGCGGCGAUUCUACGUCGUAAAACGUCGGGGGCAAAGAGAACGAGCGUCGGAGGUUUGAUGCUUACACUCGUCGUAACCGGCGUCGUUUUACUACGAUAAACGUUCCACUCGGAGCGGUCCAUUAUAAUCACGACAUUUUACGUUUUCAUUUUUUCAUUAGGUAGAUAACUUUGCCACUACGAUCCUCCAUUACAUUAUUUCUUUCCUCUCUCUCUCUCUCUCUCUCUCUCCUCGUAAUGCACAAACGGGGAGUAAGAGCCCGACAAGAGUCCUGCUCCCUAUUUGUGUGUAUGCGAAUGAAAAGUGAGCAAGGUCUCUGCCGAUCCGCGCGUCGCCGCGCAGUAAGCAUUUCUCAUUCGAACAAUAAAAGUAACCAAAAAGAGAGAGCCACACGAUCGCAUCCAGACACACGUACACACGCACACGCGUUAACAAACACUAAAACAGAGAAAAUACCUUUUCGGAGCGUUUCGAGAUUCCUCAAGAUUCCGACAACGAAUUUCGAGAUAUAACGAGAAACGUAACAAACGGCGUUCCGCACGCUCGAGGCUGCUCUUGAUCGACGAUCGUUUUUACUUUUCAUCACCCCCGAAAGUAUGAGCACCGCCCGAGCAGCGGCUACAAAACUCAAUACCACAGACAUACUGCUCUUGUAGUAUAUAUAUAUAUAUUGGUAUACGUAUAUGAGGAGGCUCGUUGCGGACUAAGAAAAUGUACUUCAUCCACGAAACAGAGGCAAAGCAGUGUGAUUGGGCAGGUUGUGACCCGAUAUUCAUGUAAAUACUCGUAAGUGUAAUCAUUCUCGUCGUCGAGUCCUCCCCCUCCCUUCCCUCCUCCUCUUCCCACACAACGACGGUUCUAGUCUAAUACCUAAAAUUCCCGUACUAUAUACAAAUACAUAUAUAGAUAUACUACACAUGCACACACACACACACACACACACACACACACACACACACAGACACACCGUGCAUAAAUACGUAAUAUGUGUAUGUGCAUAUACAUAAAUGUAUGGAUACACGGAGACGAGGAUCGGAAGAAAAUAUGAAGCUGAAGUUUCCAACGUUGGAGUCCAACGAAAUGAUGUGAAAAACCCUCUAAUAAUUGCAGCGUGUCUUCAAUUUCGUUUCCUGCCGAAUUUGCAAUUUGUAGCUUUUCAACCUGCAUCGAUAUUUCAUGAAAUAAACAAAUUGGUGAAUUAA